AUGGAUGAGGCUGAGACAGUAUUCCCAUUGAAGGCUUCCAAGAUGGAAGAUGUAGGUGUGGGUCUGGGAUUUUCCCUUGUUGGUUUGAGAAGUUUGCUAUUGAUAGGGAUGCUUUUCAUGGGCAUGUCCUGUGCCCUGGGAUCAGUAGAUUACUCUUAUGAAAUUGUCAUCCCUAGGAAGUUAACAUUCAAGAACAGGGAAGGCCCAGAAAGAAAAGUAUCCUACCUCUUAUACAUGAGAGGCAAGAGACUUGUGAUUCACCUGAAGCUAAAGAAAGGGCUUUUUGUCAAGAACUUUCCUGUCUACACCUACAUCAAAGAGAACUUGGACAUGGACAUACCUUUUAUUCAGGAUGACUGCUAUUAUGAUGGAUAUGUAGAAGGUGAACUGGGGUCCCUUGUGUCCAUCAGCACUUGUUCAGGACUCCAGGGCAUCAUAAGUUUAGAUAGAUCAGUCUAUGGCAUCGAGCCCAUUGAAACCCUACGAGGCUUUGAACAUGUCUUGUACCACAUGGAUGGGCACCUCCACAGCUCCUGCAGAGUGACUGCAGAAGAAGGCCAAAGAUUCAGAAGCAGUGUGCAGAAACAGAGAAAGGAAGAGAAAGAGACACUUGAGACUGAGGCCCUGGCCUACAUCUGGUCACACACCAAGUACAUGGAGAUGUUUGUCGUGGUUGACAAUAGGCGGUUCAAAAUGUGGAAUAGCAACGUGACCAAGACAGUCCGGAUGGUGAUGGACACCCUCGCCCAUGUUAACACCUACAGCCAGGGAAUCCAUGUCAAGGUGGUCCUGAUAGGUUUGGAGAUCUGGACAGAGAGGAACCAGGUGAGGAUUUCUGGGGACUUGCGGGAAGUGCUGCACAAUUUCAACCACUGGAGAGAAGAGGAGCUGGUCAGGCGGGCAAAGCAUGAUAUUGCCCAUCUCAUAGUGGGCUAUGAUCCAGGAGAGUCCAGGGGGGAAGCAUUUCUCAAUGGGGCCUGUGUGCCUGAGCUUGCAGCAGCAGUCGAAUCUUUCUCCCAUGAAGAUCCUACUGUGUUUGCGGUGCUCAUGGUCCAUGAGCUGGGGCAUAACCUGGGCAUGAAGCAUGACCACCUGGCCUGCAUGUGUCCUGACCAGCCAUCCUGCAUCAUGCUUGGAACUAUCAGCUUUGAGAGCAGUUUCAGCAACUGUAGCUUGGAGGAUUUCUAUGAAUUCCUGCGGCGGCACAAAGGGUCCUGCCUCUAUGACAAGCCAGUGCCCAGGGGAAUGGUCAGGAAGCCCUUCUGUGGGGACCACGUAGUAGACCUAGGGGAGGAGUGUGACUGUGGCAGUCAUCGUGACUGUAUGAAGGACCCGUGCUGCCUGCCCUCUUGCCAGAUGAGGCCGGGCUCAGACUGUGCUUUUGGACCCUGCUGCAGAAAGUGCAAGUUUCUGAAGGCGGCCACGCCCUGUCGUCCCAGCAUGGGUGAGUGUGACCUCCCUGAAUACUGUAAUGGCAGCUCUAUGUGGUGCCAGCCUGACACCUACAAGCAAGAUGGCACCCCCUGCAGGGAUGAAGGUUACUGCUACCAGGGGCAGUGCAGGAGCCUGCAGAGCCAGUGUGUGGAGGUGUUUGGGGAGGGCUCCAGGGCUGCCCGGCACAGCUGUUACCAUCACUUGAACAGCCAGGGGGACAGGUUUGGGAACUGUGGCAGUGGGCAGAAAGGCUUACACAAGGUGUUUGUCAAAUGUGAGCCCGAGGAUGUCAUGUGUGGGAGGCUGCUGUGUGAGGACAUCCCAAGGUUACCCCAAACAAGGAACCACCACACUCUCAUCCAGAUCCCCGUCGAAGACACCUGGUGCUGGGGGGUAGACCUCUUUGAGGAUGUGGAUCUCCCUGAUGGAGGGGCCGUGAGGGCGGGCACCUUGUGUGGCCCCCAGAAGAUCUGUCUCAACCAUACGUGCUCUGAUGUGCAGGUGCUGCAGUAUGACUGUGAGCCAGAGGCCAUGUGUCAUGGCAGAGGAGUGUGCAACAACCUCAAACAUUGUCACUGUGAUGAUGGCUAUGCCCCUCCCACGUGUGAUUCCAUGGGCUCUGGGGGCAGUGUGGACAGUGGCCCCCCUGUGGAGGUCGGAACUUCCCUGGAGGCCAGAGACCCUUAUGUAGAGGUCACAUCCCCUUCCAUGGACAUUAGAACCUUUUCUUCAGAGGGCAGGGUCUCUGUUUUUGAGGAAGCUGCCCUAUCUGCUCAAGAAUACCCCUUUCCAACUCCUCUAGAACCCCCUACCCCUGAAGAGUCUUCCACUUCUGACUUUACCCCUCUUCCUUACCCAGCCAUCACCUGUCCUUCCAUGGUUAUCAAUUCUGAAGAAGAAAACACAGGAAACAAAUCCUUUGUUUGGAUUUUGGUUUCCAUCAUCUUCUUGGUCAUCCUGUUGGCUUUUGUUUCCUUAUCUUUCUUCUAUAAGAUUAAGUCCAAGCACUCAUCCAAAGAGUUAGAGAAAGAAAAAGAAAAAGAAGAGGAAGACACAGAAUGA